ACAUUGAUGUAAGGUUAAGUGAGGAGCUUAUUUCCUAUUCUUUAACAGUGGGGUUUCAGUGAGAUCAACGUAUGAAGUAAGAGAAAAUGAAAACACUCAAGAAAAGUACAGAAACCUCAAAAUUACCAAUGGGGGACAGCGACGAUGAGUUCGACAGGAGGAGGCGCGACAAGUUCAGGAGAGAGAGGAGUGACAUGGAGCGGUCGAGAGAGAGGGAGGAGAGGAGGAGGGAAGAGUGGCCUGACAGGGACUGGGAGCGUGGCAGGGAGAGGCGGAGGGAUUACGAUCGUGGCCGCAGAGAGAGAUUUUCUCCACCCAGGCACAUCAGCCCUCAGCACAAGCGCAUGAGGAGAGACUGGGAUGAGCACCAGGGUGAGCCGUACCGCUACGAGCUGCCAUAUGGAGGAGGUGGGGGCCCGUUUCCAGGGGUGGGACCUCAGGGCUGGCAUCCUGACCUCCCCCACCUCCACCCACACCCUGGAGGUCACUUGCUGCAGGGCAGGUUGGGGAUGGUGGAUCCAGACCUGCCGCCUCCUGGUCCUCCCAUCAUGAGGAGCUUUAAGGAGUUUCUGUUGAGCAUGGAGGACAGUGUUGAUGAGACCGAGGCGGUGAAGCGCUACAAUCAGUACAAGCUGGACUUCAGGCGACAGCAGCUGCAGGACUUUUUCCUCCAACAUAAAGAGCAGGAGUGGUUUCGCUCAAAGUACCACCCUGAUGACAUCACAGCGAGGAAGGCAGAAUCGCUGGCCGCCCUCAAAACCCGGCUGAGCGUCUUCCUGUUCCUGUUGGACAAUAACUGGCUGGAUAAUGUGUCGCUGGAUAUGGACCACGGCCCCGCCAUCAUCAAGCUGCUUGAUGCAGCGGUAAUAAAGAUGGAGGGAGGUACAGACUUUGACCUGCAGGUCCUGGAGGCACCAACCGCCCCUGCAGUGAGUGGCGGCGAGCUGAUCAGUGGGGGCGGCCCUGAGAAGAGUCAGGGAGAUCCCAGCAAAGCAAAUGUGAGCGGCCACAGCGGCUCAGACUCGAACCGGAGUCGGACAGAAGAGGCGACCAGUGGAGGGAUGGGCCAGACUAAAGACUCUGAUAAGGGCGGUGAUGACGAGGCCAAGCACAAUGGAGAGAAGGACGACAAGGACGACGUGGAGAGGAAAGAUGAAGAGGACGAGGAGGAACAGGAGAAGACUAAGAAAGGCAGGAAGAGGAAACGCAGUGUGUCUGCUGACAGCGGGGAGGGCAGCGCCUCCGACUCAGACUCCUCCCACUCCGAUGGAGAGAAGGAAGAUGAUGAGGAGAAGGAAGAAGAGGAGGAGGAUGGAGAGGAUGAGCGCCGUAAAGAGCGAGGGAAGGAGAGAGAGAAGGAGGCUCCGGCAAAGCCCCGUCCACUCCACCUCACCACCUCCCUGUUCAUCAGGAGCAUCCCACCAGAGGUGUCCAAGGAGGAGAUCACUGCUCUGUGUCGCAGGUACCCGGGCUUCCUGCGAGUGGCGCUGUCGGACCCUCAGCCCGAGAGGAGGUUCUUCAGGCGCUGCUGGGUGACCUUUGACCGCAGUGUGAACAUCAAGGAGACGUGCUGGAAUCUUCAGAACAUCCGGCUCAGAGACUGUGAACUGUCUCCGGUGGUCAACAGAGAUCUGUGUCGACGGGUUCGCAGCGUCAACGGUCUGACACACCACAAACCGGUGGUGAGGAACGACAUCCGCCUGUCUGCGCGCCUCGUGCACAGUCUGGACCAGAGGGGGGAGCUGUGGGCUGGACAGAUGGAGACCAACCCCGUUCUGAGGAACAUCACAGACUACCUGAUAGAGGAGGUGAGUGCUGAGGAAGAGGAGCUGAUGGGUGCCUCUGGGGGCAACAUUGAAGAUGCAGGUGCCAGAGACCACGCCUCCUCAUCUGAGGUUACCGUGGAGACAGACGACAAACUGCUAAAGGUGCUGGACAGACUCCUGCUCUACCUGCGUCUGGUUCACUCUGUAGAUUAUUACAACUUCUGUGAGUAUCCUGCUGAGGACGAGAUGCCUCAUCGCUGUGGGCUGAUCCACGUACGAGGACCCCUACCUGUGGCCAAGAUCACUGCAGCCGAGGUGAGCGAACACCAGAGGAUGUGUGAGCAGCGUCUGGCUCCUCUGCUCUCGCCCUCAGAGACACUGAGCGAAGAAGAAGCUGUUAAACUGGGAAAGAAAGACCCAGAACAAGAGGUGGAGAAGUUCCUGUCAGCCAACACUCAGGAGCUCAGUAAAGACAAAUGGCUCUGUCCUCUGAGCGGGAAGAAGUUCAAGGCUCCAGAGUUUGUGCGUAAACACAUCCUGAACAAACACGCAGAGAAGGUCGCCGCCGUCAGGCAGGAGGUCGAGUUCUUCAACAACUUCCUGCUGGAUGCCAAAAGGCCG